GUGUUCUACAUGCACUACUAGGAUCAAGGGGGUUAAGACGUGGUCUACAUGUACUACUGAUUGCUACUCACCACACACAGUGAAGUCAUGCGCUGAUUCACCAUAUGAAAACCUGAUCUAAACCUGGCCACGGUCAUAUCACAGCCAACAUGGCGAAGGGGAUGUGUUUUCGUUUGGUGUGUCUGGCUGCGCUCCUUGUCAAUGCUGUUGGUCAAACUAUCCGACUGGUAUCGCCGCUGAAUAACGGUGUUGGCAGACUUGAGGUGUACUAUAACGGUUCGUGGGGAACAGUUUGUGAUGAUGACUUUGUACAAGGUGACGCUAUGGUGGCCUGUAGACAGCUGGGGCAAUAUGAACCUGGAAUGACACCGACGUAUAUUGACGAGUUUGGAUUUGGAAGUGGGACAAUCUGGCUUGAUGACCUAGACUGCACUGGAAAUGAAUCGUCCCUGAGUGAUUGUCCACACGUUGGCUGGGGAUCCAGUAACUGUAAACACCAUGAAGAUGUUGGUAUCAUUUGUGAUGAAAAUGAGAUGACGAUAAAGCUGACACGAUACCACCAAAGAGGACUUCUACAGGUGUACAACAACGGUACAUGGGGCACGGUGUGUGAUGACAAUUUCGGCCAAGUAGAAGCUUCAGUUGUAUGCAGGCGUCUGGGAUACCAAGCUGGGAAGGUUUUCGUUACAAGCAGAACCUUACCAAUAUUGUUGGAUGACGUGCAGUGCACGAUGCUGAAUACAGAUCUGAAGGACUGCAAGCACGGACAAUGGGGGAGUGAUAAUUGUAGCAGCUCUGAAGCUGUUGGUGUCGAAUGUUUUUCAUUUACUUCAGGUAUGUGUGCAACCCUUUUCUCCAGAGUGCUAGCUGCUAUUGGGCCGAGUGUAAAUUAUCACUCAAAGACAGGGAAUAAUGUUAACUGUUUCUCAACAGUUGUUCCAAUAUGUUCCUCUAGUAAGUCUAAAUUUGUAGCACAAUUAAUAAAGGUUAUGUUGUAUGAUAUUUUUGUAAUGCUUGGUAUAUCAUUUGUUCAAGCAUAUUCUCAAAUACGCUUGAAUUCGACAAUUCCUGGACGUGGUCGAGUGGAAGAAAUACACUACAAUGUCUGGGGAACAGUUUGUAGUGGGUCAUCUUUUUCGACACAGGAGGCACAAGUAGUGUGCAAAAUGGUAAAUUUGCCGUGGACAAGCGCCAAUGUGACAAACUCUUACGGGCCAGGUGAAGGGCUUGUUUGGCUGAGUAACGUCAACUGUACGGGGACGGAGACCUCCCUAGACGAGUGUUCCCACUCUGGUUGGGGAACAGCGAGUUGUUCUCACAGCAGUGAUGUUGGCGUGGUAUGUAGUGGAGCCACCCUGCAAAUCCACCUGGAGCCAUCAGGAAGUGUCCUUAACGUUAUCCUUGGUCAAGUGAUCAGUGUCGUGUGUGUGGUCGACUCCUUAAACUCUCCGGUCACUUCGUUCAGAUGGACACAUAACGGAAGUUCCUACAGUGGACAAACCUUCAGUAAAACAGUAACAUCCAAGUCUGACUCUGGCACUUUAGAAUGCAGUGCAGGGAAUAUGCUCGCCUCUACACAAAUCAGCGUCCUGUAUCGGCCAGUGAUACAUCUGGAACCAAGCAAUGACACCAUUGAUGUCAUUGUCGGUGAAGACCUGCAUGUAGACUGGGGGUAGAUGAUGCCAACCCUAGUGUCCACACAUUCCGGUGGUCUCACAAUGGACAAACAAGUACAGGGUCGACAUUCCUCACACGUAACAUAGCCCGUUCUGACCGAGGGACACUGACCUGUACUGCUGAUAAUGGACACAUGACUGCACCCGGACGAGCAGAUGCACAUGUUAACGUUCUAUAUCCGCCAGUGGUACAUCUAGAACCAAGCAAUGACACCUUGGGUGUCACUGUCGGUGAUGACCUCCUUGUAGUCUGUGUGGUAGAUGAUGCCAACCCUAGUGUCCACACAUUCCGGUGGUCUCACAACGGACAAACAAGUAAUGGGUCGACAUUCCUCAAACGUAACAUAAUCCAUUCCGACGGAGGGAAACUGACCUGUACUGCUGAUAAUGGACACAUGAUGACACCCGGACAAGCAGUUGCACAUGUUAACG